GGCAGCCAUGUUGGAAGUGGUCAGCACAGGGGCCGGCACCAGGGGGUUAUCGAAGCAGCUGUCACGAUGCUGGGGUCCCUGGUGUCGAAGAGAACAGCGCCGGCGCCGCGGCUCCUUCUCCAGCUGCUUAGGUCCCCAUCGCUCCGGAGCCACGAAAGUGCCACCGGCCAGAGUGUGACCACCGGGGGCCGCGGGGAGCCUCAGUGGCUGAGGGCUGCCGUCGGGGGGCGCGGUGGAACGUCGCCGGCCCUACUCACCGGAGGAGGGGCAGCCACUGGAGGGCGCCAGAGAGGACGUACCGAGACCCCCUGCCUUGCAGCUGCCACGUGGGGACGCCUUCCCAGCCCCGAAGAAACACUGCCUGGGCAGGACAGCUGGAAUGGAGUCCUCAGCAGAGCUGGAUUGGGCGUGUGGGCCCUGGCCACGGCGCUGGUGGUUCACUGUUACAGCAAGAGCCCGUCCAGCAAGGAUGCAGCCCUGAUGGAAGCUGCUCGAGCCAACAAUGUCCAAGAAGUCAGCAGACUAUUGUCGGAAGGUGCAGAUGUCAAUGCAAGGCACAAACUUGGCUGGACAGCACUAAUGGUGGCAGCCAUCAACCGAAACAACAGUGUGGUGCAGGUCCUCCUUGCAGCUGGUGCUGACCCAAACCUCGGGGACGACUUUAGCAGUGUAUACAAGACUGCCAAGGAGCAGGGAAUCCAUUCUUUAGAAGUCCUGGUCACCCGAGAGGAUGACUUCAACAACCGGCUGAACAACCGCGCCAGCUUCAAGGGUUGCACAGCCCUGCACUAUGCUGUCCUCGCUGAUGACUACCGGACUGUCAAGGAGCUGCUUGAUGGAGGAGCCAACCCCUUGCAGAGGAAUGAAAUGGGACACACACCCUUGGAUUAUGCUCGAGAAGGGGAGGUGAUGAAGCUUUUAAGGACUUCUGAGACCAAGUACCAAGAGAAGCAGCGGAAGCGGGAGGCCGAGGAGCGGCGCCGCUUUCCCCUGGAGCAGCGGCUGAAGGAGCACAUCAUUGGCCAGGAGAGCGCCAUCGCCACCGUGGGUGCAGCGAUCCGGAGGAAGGAGAAUGGCUGGUACGACGAAGAACACCCCCUGGUCUUCCUCUUCUUGGGAUCAUCUGGAAUAGGAAAAACAGAACUGGCCAAGCAGACAGCCAAAUAUAUGCACAAAGAUGCCAAAAAGGGUUUCAUCAGGCUAGACAUGUCUGAGUUCCAGGAGCGGCAUGAGGUGGCCAAGUUCAUCGGGUCCCCACCAGGCUACAUUGGCCACGAGGAGGGUGGCCAGCUGACCAAGAAGCUGAAGCAGUGCCCCAAUGCCGUGGUGCUCUUUGAUGAGGUAGACAAAGCCCACCCAGAUGUGCUCACCAUCAUGCUGCAGCUGUUUGAUGAGGGCCGGCUGACAGAUGGAAAAGGCAAGACCAUCGACUGCAAGGACGCCAUCUUCAUCAUGACCUCGAACGUGGCCAGCGACGAGAUAGCACAGCAUGCACUGCAGCUGAGGCAGGAAGCUUUGGAGAUGAGCCGUAACCGGAUCGCCGAGAACCUUGGGGACGUCCAGAUCAGUGACAAGAUCACCAUCUCAAAGAACUUCAAGGAAAACGUGAUUCGCCCCAUCCUAAAAGCUCACUUCCGGAGAGAUGAGUUUCUGGGACGAAUCAAUGAGAUCGUCUACUUCCUCCCCUUCUGCCACUCGGAGCUCAUCCAACUCGUCAACAAGGAGUUGAAUUUCUGGGCCAAGAGAGCCAAGCAAAGGCACAACAUCACACUGCUCUGGGACCGCGAAGUGGCGGACGUGUUGGUCGAAGGCUACAACGUGCACUAUGGCGCCCGCUCCAUCAAGCAUGAGGUGGAGCGCCGUGUGGUGAACCAGCUGGCGGCUGCCUAUGAGCAGGACCUGCUGCCGGGGGGCUGCACCCUGCGCAUCACUGUGGAGGACUCGGAUAAGCAGCUGCUCAAGAGUCCUGAACUGCCCUCACCCCAGGCCGAGAGGCGUCCCCCCAAGCUGCGGCUGGAGAUCAUCGAUAAGGACAGCAAGACCCACAAAUUGGACAUCCAGGCACCACUCCACCCUGAGAAGGUGUGCCACACCCUCUAGCGUCUAUCUACCUACCUGCCCAUACAUGCCCUCAACACCUAAUAAAGCCCCCUUGGCUGUGGCAUGGUGACCGACCUACCUUCCCCUCCUGCUUCUCACCCCUCUCCAUCUAGCCUAAGGCCUGUUACCUCCUCACAGCCCCUGGAAGAUGCCUUCUCAGCCCCACCCUCGCCCCUUCAUUGUGGGCCCCACCGUGUGCUCUCAGGUCUCUGGGAGGGGAGCUGCUCCUCUGUCCGCUUUACGGCAGGGAGAAGAGGGAGGUCCCUCAUCUCUGUCCUUCAGCGUGAUCCUCAUGUCCCAGAGCCUCUGGAACUUUAUCAUGUUUUCUGAAAACUCAGAAGUAUGGCAGCUGAGAACAGAUCUGGCUGGAAGAAGACAGGGGCCAGGCUGUGACCUGCUACCCUCUGCUGGCUCUCAUGCUAUUGAGUCCCCAGAAUGUCUCCACAGGGAGCAGAGAAGUCAGAGGCCCAGACACAGAGCUUCUGCAUUUAAGCCAUUGCUUCCUCUUUCCCAUGCCCUAGAAUUCCAAGGGGAAGGGACUCUCGGAGCCCUUCCCCCUUCCACUGCCGUGUCAUGGCUACUAUUCCUCCCUGCCCCACGUUCAGGGGUCAGACCAGACCACGUCUCUUCAGCCUUAGAACUAGGCCAGCAUAGGGCAUCUUUAGGAAGAAGGCUGGGUCCUACCCAACCCUACACAGGGCCUGGACAGAAGCACCAAAUGACCAAGCAAGCUUAACUCUGCGGGGCCUCCUGCAGGAGACCAACAAAAUAGACAGUGGAGAACUGUAGGGGGAGGGAUCCUGGGGUCAGGCUGUACGCAGAUGGCCGUGGAGUCUGCCUCAGCCCCAUGUCCUCAGUAUCAUGGUCGUAGCUAAGUGAACAUGGGAUGGACAGCUGCCUCAUGCAGUCUGCACGUUAGUCACUCAACAGAGGGACUGCACACCAUCCCCCAAGGCUCUCCACACACCAGGCGUGUUCAGCCCCAGCUUAAUUAGCAGGGCACAGCAAGGCUUGGUACAUACAUCCUUGGGAACCAUCUGCAGUAGCCACCAUUGAGGACCAUGCCAUCAGCCUCCCCUGAAGGGUCGCUUUGGAAACCCUCCUUUGGAGUCAGAAAGUCUCUUCCAGGAAGCAGAAAAUGGGGACAGGAAUCACAGUCCCUCGGGUGACGGAGGAAUGUCGUGAUACGGCAGGUGAGGGGCAGCCGGAAGCUGGAACUUGGGCUCCAGCAGAUGCUGCAGCAGGCACCAUCCAGCCCCUCAAGGAGCUGUCUGCCGCUUUGUACCUCAGUGACUGCCACUCUUUGUUUAUUUAUUAGCAGCAGUUUUUUUUUUUUACUUCUUGUUCUGAAAUAAUUUUAGACUUACAGGAAAUUACCACAAUAGUAGAGUUCCAUGCACCCUUCACCAACUUCACCAACCAUCUGUUAAAAAUUAUUAAAUUAUAAUUAUUAAAACCAGGAAAUUAACAUGAUAUGGUACUACCAGCUAAUCUCUAGGCAUUCAGAUUUUGCCAUUUUCCCCACUGAUGUCCUUUUCCUGGUCCAGAAUCCAGUUGAGGAUCCCGUGUUCCAUCUUGUUGUGUUUCCUUUAUCUCCUUCAACCUGUGACAGUUCCUCCAUCCUUCUUUGCCUUUUAUGACCUUGACACUUUUGAAACCUCCAAGUCAGUUAAAUUUGUAGAAUGUCCCUUAAUUUGGGUGUCUGCUGUUUUCACAUGCUUAGAUUGAGGGUCACCAUUUUGGGUAAAACUAGCCCUCAAGUGAUGCUGUGCCCAUCCUUAUAACCUAGAGCAGGUGAUACAUGCUGAGGUUGUAUAUACCAGUUUCUCCACUGUAAGAUUACUAAUUUUCCCUUUGAAAUGAAUAAGAAUCUCAUGGAAAGAUAGAAACUGUACAGAUGUCUUAUUUAUCCAUAGAAUUUUGCCUGUUGAUUUUAGCAUCCAUCAUGUAAAUGUAAACACGUUAGUCACUCAGUCGUGUCCAACUCUUUGUGACUGUAGCCCGCCAGGCUCCUAUGUCCUUGGGAUUCUCCAAGCAAGAAUACUGGAGUGGGUUGCCAUUUCCUUCUCCAAGGGAUCUUCCCAACCAGCUCUUGCUUUUAACAAACAUUAAUACUAUAUUUGCCUAAUGAUGACAUUGUUUUCUUAUUCCAUCUAUAUGUAUUAAUUGGUAUUCUUCUGUAAAAAAACAGCUGUCUCUUUUCUCCCAUUUAUUUAUUCAAUAAUUUACCUAUAAGUAAAACUAAUGAAUAUUUGUUUUAGUCUAUGGGUUGUAGCCUAUCAAUAAUACUAAUAGAGUUUAUUUCGUUGCUCAUAUGGCCUAGAUUUGGCCAUUGGGAGCUCUUAAGUUGGCUCCUGUGUUGUCUCAGUGUUGCCCCAUCAUUUUUUUAGUAUUACCCUAUUUUCUGGCACCACAAGGUGUUCCAAGGUUACUUACACUUUUCUUGUCCCAGCCCUGACUUCAGCCAUUUCUCUAAGCAAUUCCUGAUUCCUCUUAUUUGAGAAUGGUACUUAGAAACUAAGGUGGUAUAUUCAGUGCUUCUGGAGUGUCAUUGCUUCUAGGCCUUUUCAGCACACAAAGCUAGGAAAUAAAUAUAUGUGUAUAUGUUAACACAUGUAUCACACACAACUGAACUUAUUACUGUAUCUGUCCAUCUGUAUAUUAUUAAAAACCAUGAGUCCAUGUUGAUGCCUACAGUUCUAACCCAAUACCACAGGGCCUGUGACUUGCCGUUAUUAUUAGCACUUUACUAUUCAUUCUCUGCUUCUUCCUCUCCUGCUAUCUCUGUUUCUUCUCUCCUUCUGUUUUUUGUUCAGACUCCCAUAGAGGCUCUAAUUAAGUCAGCCAGUGACCAUCCUGUAUGGAGCACUCCUGUUGGUUAAAGUUCUUAUGCCCGACUGUCAGUCUCUUGGUUUAGUCAGCUGUGGCCAGGACCAGCAGACAUGUAACUGAAAACCAGAUAGCUUUUAUACAGGAAAACCCAAUGCCACCUUUCUGAGAAGAGAAUAAGGGACAGAGUAGACCCUCCGAUUCUGAGAAGCUUGAGGAUCACUUCUAGAGACUCAGCUAGACCUUGUAGGUGAUGUUGGACCCCUGCCUUAUACUUUCAUAGCAUCCUCGACAGUAUUCAGCUCAGUUGUGUUACUUGUUCUGUGUUUGCCUUUGUCAUUAGAGUGUAAGAUCCAGAAGGGCAGAUAUCCAGUUCUACUCACUGUCCUGUUCAUAGAAGUUGGCACAGAGCAAUCACAUGAUGGCUGCUACAGGUGUUUGGAUGGAUGGGUGGGCCCUGGAGCAAGCACAGAUCUUCACAGUGAGGCCCAGGACACAACAGUAUCCUAUGUUCAUGGAGCGAACAUUUGUCAUGUGCUUGUGGCCAGGCAGCAGAACUUGAGUGGAUAGGGCAAAGUAAGACCCCAGAUACCUUACUAAGUAUCUAGAAAUACAUGAGGCUGGACUUGGAAGUGAAAUAUCUUCAUUGUUCAAAAGGAAAAAUUUAAAGGUACAUAGUGAUUGUUUUAGGAAUUUAGGAAAAAAAAAAAAAUUAAACCAUAGGAGAAAAGAUAAAACCUGAAGUUAAGUAGGAAUGCAAAAAAAAAAAAAAAAGGAUAAGUAGAAAAUGAUUCUUUUUGAAAACACCAAUAAAAUAGAUAAAAUCUUCUCAGCCUGAUAAAGGGGAAAAGCGAGGGGGACGAGAUCAGACAUAAUCACAUAUGUGGAAGAGUUUUAAAUAAAUUUAGGAUAAGUCUGUAGCCACAAUUUUAAAAACAGCAGAUAGAUCAUUUCCUAGAAAAUACUGACCCAAGAUAUAGUUUGAAUAAGCCAAUUAAUUACCAAAAGAACCUGAUAAACUGCCAAAAAAGAAUGCCAUAGCUAGUGCAAUCUCAUCUAUGACUAUAGGUGCAAAAAUUCCAGAUAAAAUUAAGUUGAACUUUACAACAUGAUUACAUAAGGCUUAUUUCAGCAAUACAGGCUUCUAUAUCAGGAAAUUUACUAAUACAAUCCAAUAUAUUAAUCUAAAGAACAUGAAUAUUAUUUAAAUGUAGAUUAACAUUUUAUUUUGAUAAUAUUUCUUAUGAAGAUAUCCUUGUUUUUAGAAAAUAUAACAUUGAAAUAUUUAAAGAUAAAGACAAUUGGCAAAUGUUUCAAGAAACUAAAUUAUACAAAUACACAUGCACAUAUGUAUGUAUACAAGUGUGUGUGCUAAGUCGUUCAGUCGUUUCCAACUCUUUGGAAACGACUAUAGCCUGCCAGGCUCCUCUGUCCAUGGAAUUUUCCAGGCACGAAUACUAGAAUGGGUUGCCAUUCCCUUCACCGGGGGAUCUUCCUGAUCCAAGGAUCAAACCCGAGUCUCCUGCAUGGGCAGCCAGAUUCUUUACCACAGAGCCACCUACACUCAUAAAAAAAUUACAGAAUGAUUAAACACAAGUCUUGUCAUUGAGGAAAUCUGAGUGAAGGGUAUACAGGAAUUCUUUGUAUUGUUUCUGCAACUUUUCUGUAAGUCUAAAAUUAUUUCAGAAUGAAAUUUUUUUAAUGAAAAACAUUUUAUCAAUAUGUACUGAAAAAGCAUUUGACAAAAUUUUACAGCUUUAAGUAUGAUUUGAUAAACCUCCAAGUAAAAGGAAAAGAAACUGUUCAUUGAAAACCAAUAGUAAAGUCUGAAAUAAGAGUCAACAUUUGAAAACUGAUGUGAAAAUUCAGUUGAAAAUAAUUAGGCAAGAAAAGUGAAUAAUUGAUAUAUGUAUUGGAAAAUAAUAAAUUGUUUUGCUGAUAUGUGACUGUGUGUUUAGGAAAUCUAAGAGGCUCUAAGUAAAACCUAUUAGCAUUAUUGUGGAAAUUUGGUAAGUGUCUGAAUAAAAGAUAAAUGUACAAAAAUCAAUAGCUUUUUUCUAUUCCAGCAGUAAUCAACUAGAAACAACAACAAAAGUAUUCCAUUAACAGUUGAAAUAAAUAGGUAUAUGUAUUUGCUCAUAUACACAUAAAGUAACUCUGGAAGAGAGAAUAAUUGGACAGAGAGGAAACAGCAAUGGAAGGGUAAAUUAACUGUAUUUUUUAUAAUUUUAAAUUAAAUUUUGAACCUUAUUAAUGUAUUACCUGUUCAUAGUUAUAAAAUACUAAGAAUAAAUUUAACAAAAAAGGAAAAUCAUAUUGAAGGGCAUAGAACAUGAUCUGACAAAUGAAAAGACAUAUCAGAUUCUUGGAAAGAACCUAUAUAAUUAAUAUACAAUUCAGAACUACUGUUUUCUGGGUCUAGGAGAUAUGAGUAGUAGCCUGUCAGUUACUUCAGUUUCACCUGGAGAGUGUGCAAACUAGAGGAUAAGUAAAUAUAACUACUAUCACUGUAUACCCUAAAUAGAAUUAUAAGAGAAUGGAAAGAGAUGCAUUGGUAUCUGUUUCUGGACUGCAGAGCCUGUAUGUAACUGUGGAGAAAAGGAGAAAGUGGUGGGAAAUGCUAGAGAGGCAAGUAUCCUGACUUUGCAGUGCCUUGAAUGCCAUACUAAGGGAAUGAAAUAGCCAUAUUGGUAUUUUUUAAAGAACCUUUUCAAUGCAGUAUGCAGAAUGUUUUGGGAUGACUUCUAACCAAUAGACAACAGAGUAGUCCCAGGCAAACUUCCUUCCCGCAUCAAAUAUAGAAAUAUUGAAUAUUAUGUAGCCAAAAAAAUUUUUGACACACAACUGAACUUGAAACUGAAAAUGGGAAGUCCCAAGGUGCCAGAAAAUGAACGGGAACCCAAAAGUCAGAGGAUGUGUGAGAGUCAAGGUCAAAGAGUUCAUCGAGACUGGGGACCCACCUAUUGGCUGAAUGCUGGGCCUUCACCACUGAAACAGGAGUCUCAAAGGACCACUUCCUUGUGAAAUGAAGAUCAGAAAAACACUGCUCCUUAACCUGGAGAUCAGUAGGGAAAUACAAGAAAGUCUAACAUCACUCAGGGUUAUAAGUAGAAAGACUUAUCUACAAACAAACUAAUAUAUUUGCCAUUUGUGAGAAUGUGGUCCAAAUUCACAGUACCCAAGUGUUACUACAAUGUCAAGAUGAAAAAUUAACAAAAAUGUGAUCCUGGGCUAUAGUAGGAUCCUUUGGAAGCAAACACAAAACUGUUGAGUAAGGAUAUUCUUGUAACUAAGUUUUCACAAAGGAACCUUUGGGAAGACAAGUCCUGUUGAAAUGAGCAUACAGGGAAAACACCCUCAAACAAAGGAGCAGAAGAGAAAGGAAAAAAAAAAAAAAAAAAGCAAACCACCAUGAAGGAGAAGAAACUUAA